UCUUCUUCUUCUUCUUCUCCCCAUUAAGAAAAGAAAAGAAAAAGAAACACCCACUAAAAAGAAGUCUCCUUUCCUCUUUCUCAUCUCUGUCAGCAAACAAAGAGAGGAGCUUUCAGGAGCUUCAGUGGCUUCAACAUCAAUCUGAAAAAAUACAAUUCGUUUACUUCUUGUGGUCGAUUGUCCUUGAUCCAAACACCUGAGGUCAUAGAUAUAUAGUAACUCUGUGCAAGAUUGGAAAUUGACUAAAAGAGGUUGGCGGGAACGGCAUUUAAUUAACCGAUUAUUAUAAAUUUUAUAAUCAGGUUUCUUCCAUCUCUGGUUGCGAAAUGGGGAUCUUUGAGGAUAUGGGUUUCUGUGGAAAUCUUGAUUUCUUUUCAGCUCCUGCUGGCGAAGGUGAGGUGGUUCCAGAACCAGAGGCAACAGUAGAGGAGGAUUAUAGUGACGAAGAAUUGGAUGUUGAUGAGCUCGAAAGGAGGAUGUGGAGAGAUCGGAUCCUAUUGAAGCGGCUUAGAGAACAAACCAGGGGAAAGGAAGCAGCUGACAAUGCAAGACAGCGCCAAUCACAGGAACAAGCUCGGAGGAAGAAAAUGUCACGGGCACAAGAUGGAAUCCUGAAGUACAUGCUCAAAAUGAUGGAAGUUUGUAAAGCUCAGGGUUUUGUCUACGGGAUUAUACCUGAAAAAGGAAAGCCAGUAAGUGGCGCCUCUGACAAUCUCCGAGAGUGGUGGAAGGAAAAAGUCAGAUUUGAUCGUAAUGGCCCAGCUGCCAUUUCCAAAUAUCAGGCAGAAAAUGCAAUCCCUGGUAUGAUGGAAGACUGCAUUUCAGUGGCAUCUACUCCACACACCCUGCAGGAGCUCCAGGACACCACUCUUGGUUCACUUUUGUCAGCCCUGAUGCAGCACUGUGACCCACCCCAAAGGCGUUUCCCAUUGGAGAAGGGUGUUUCCCCACCAUGGUGGCCAACUGGUAAUGAGGAAUGGUGGCCUCAACUGAACUUGGCCAAGGAUCAGGGUCCUCCUCCGUACAAGAAGCCUCAUGAUCUGAAGAAGGCAUGGAAGGUCAGUGUUCUCACAGCUGUGAUAAAGCACAUGUCACCUGAUAUCAACAAGAUCCGCAAGCUUGUUCGUCAGUCGAAAUGUUUGCAGGACAAAAUGACUGCUAAGGAGAGUGCCACAUGGCUGGCCAUUAUAAACCAAGAGGAAGUUUUGGCCAGGAGGAUGUUCCCUGAUAUAUGUCCGCCUUUAUCUGCUGGUGGGAGUGGGUCUUUUGUGAUCAGUGAUACCAGUGACUAUGAUGUUGAAGGUGUUGAUGAUGACCAGGAUGUUGAAGUUGAGGAUUGCAAACCUCUUCUGGAUCACUUCAAUAUGGGAACUAUUGGACAAAGACCUCAAUUUAAGGGAGAGCUUAUUGAGACCAACUCAGAUUUCGGUAAGAAGAGGAAGCAGCAGCAGGCUGAAGAGCCACAAAUGAUGCUUAAUCAGAAGGUUUACACCUGUGAAUUCCUGCAAUGCUCACAUAGUGAUAGUCGCUUUGGUGGCUUUAGUGACAUUACUUCACGGAAUAAUCAUCAGAUGAGUUGCCCAUACCGGAACAAUUGUUCACCAGUUUUUGGAAUGCCAAACUUGCUUAACAAUGACAAACCUGUGGGCUUCCCUCUACCAGUUGCUCAAGCUAAACCAGCAAUUAUACAACAGGUGAACCCGACAAGCCCUUUCAAUGUUUCAGGACUGGGACUUGCAGAUGAUGGGCAGAAAAUGAUAUCCGAGCUUAUGUCCUCCUAUGAUGGCAAUACUCGGCAAACCUCGAAUCCUGGCAACUUCAGUGUUGUGCAAGACCCCAACCACCAGCAAGUGAAUUAUCAGUUUGAAGUGGGUGAUAACUUCUAUAGUCAGGGUAUGGUCAUGGAUCGUAGCAAUGUGCCUGAACCAGCCCCAAUGCCUAUGCAUCAACAAGUUCUCCCAUCUCCUGAAGUUCAGUUUGAUCAGUGCAAGGUAUUUGAUUCUUCAUUUGGGAACAAUUCAAAUGAUGCUAUUGCUGACCUGCGAUUUGGUACUGGAUCUCAGUUUAGCUUGGCACAUCUGGACUAUACUGCUGGUAACUCACUGCUGAAGCAAGAUGCAUCAUCAAUUUGGUACAUCUGAACAAGUUUUAUAUCGGCUUCUCCAAUAUAUGGAUGAGUCUGUAUAUUAUGGGGGGAAAGGGUUUAUCUUCUAGUCUCUAUACACAGUAUUUCUCUAUCAUCCUCUUCUAUACACAGUAUUUCUCUAUCAUCCUCUUCUAUACACAGUAUUUCUUUAUCAUCCUGUUAAGGUUUUAGUUGCUUAGUUCUUUCUGUAGUUAUAUAUUUGCGGGUCUUGUUAGAUCCUAAGAACUUGGGGGUGGAUCGCAGCAAGUUUAUUGUUCAAGUAUAGGUGCUUAAGUAGGCCAAUAAAAAGGACCGGAAAGAUCCCAACGUAGCUGAUUGGCAAUCAGUGGUUUUGUUAGAGGCAUUUUUCCGGUUCCUAGAGUGUCAAUGUUGGCAACCAAGUAUUAUUAUUAUUAAUGUUAUACAGACCUUUUUUUUUA